AUGUCAUCCUCUCAAAACACAAGCAUUUUGCAAGUAUUGAACUCGUCUUCGUCGCAUUCUCGAGGAGGCGUUCUCUCGAAUCAUUCGAGUCCUAACUUGAUGAUGAAUCACCACCAUCAGGGUUCAACUCUAGUUGGAGGAGUAGGAUUGUCCAUCACGAAUGGUUCCAUCUCUCCAUCUCUCCAUCAAGUAUUUCCUCAACUUCAGCAACAUCUGCAAUUGGUGGAGGAGUGCAAUCAUAAUUAUGGUUUGCAAAAGAUGCUUCAGCAACAAGAGCAAAUAGCGAAUCAAAAUUAUAACUUGUCAAUGCAACAAGGUGACCUUAUCACACGACAGAAUCAAGCUGUCAACAUGACUCUCUCACCAAAUGGUUACAAUUAUCUUGUCACAAAUUCUACCUCUCCAACUUUGAGUCCAAAUUCGAGUCACACAAAUUCUUCAUCUUCCAACUCUUCGAAUCACAGUAACAACAACAACACAAAUAACUUGAUGUUUAUCAACGAGACCACUGCUGACGUGUUACAGCGAGGUGUAUUUCCAAAUUAUGAUCUCAGUGCUCCUUCAACUCCUAAAAGGAAUCUUCUCUCAAGUGGUUCGCAUGCGAAUGGAUUUUCGACACCUCAACCUUCGAAUACGACAAGCACGAAUCCUCUCAAGUCACCUCCCUCUUUGAAAACUCAAAAACAACAUUCUGCCUCAACUCUUCAUACAGCCACUUCAUUGAGAAUGAAAAAACAUUCAGGGUUGGGAAAUUUUAAGAAUAACUAUUUUGAAUUGGAAAUGAAAAAAACACCAAAAUCUCAUUCAAGUACUUCUCAAGUGAUGACAGCAGCAACGGCGAGUGUUGCUGAUUCGAACACAACAGGUGUGACACCAAACAAUGGGUCACCUGCACGAAGAGGAAUUGAAAAAUCUUCAAGUUUUUCCAAGAAGAAUCCACUGCUAAAUUUGGAUAGGCAUUCGUUGGCAGCUGCGCUGAGCCAAUCAAAUUUGUUACAACCCAAUCAACAAUUGCAAGAGGUUGGAAACAAGAAAUUUUCCUUAUCUUACAAUGAGUUGAAUUCUGAGGAUCAACUUUCUUCAUUAUAUGGUCAACCACAUGCACUCAUUGGUCAAGCUCUCCAUCAGCAUGUAUUGAAUCCCAACAAUGGUUUGUUCAUGAAUGGAAAUGGUUCAAUGAAUGUUAACAAUGCAAAUAAUCAUGCUUCAAUGAUAGAUGUCAACAUGAAUGAUCAAAACUCAGAGAAUUCGAUGAAGCGAAAUAGGUUAUUGACCUAUUCUGUGAGCUCUCCAAAUUUGUUGAAUUCACAUGCACAGCAGCAGCAACCAGAGAUCCUCUUAUCUCAACCCUACCAAAAUUUAUCCUAUUUUGCUCAACAACAAGGUAUCUUUCAACAAAUGUCAACUUCGUAUCCUGUCAAGACGAGUGUGGAUCAUGGUCUCCAACAGAGUAGUACUAGUCACACGAAUCAAGUGUCUUCUAGUCAACCUAAAGAUACUUCCGAUUUUGAUGACAUGCUUGAAUCGUUAUUGAACGAGGAUUGUGUGUUUGAAGAAUCAAUUACAGUUCCAACAGGAAACAACAAUGGUUGCAACCUAAAUAAUGCAAAAUGGGAUGAAUUUGAUACAAGUGCUAGCCAACAUGUUUCGUCACCAUUGUCCAUAUUUGCAGAGAAGGACGAUCAUCAACAAGACAUGUCACUCCUUUUAGAUAUGGACAAUUUCUUUUUGUCUUCAGGAAAUGAUGACGCAGGAAUGGAUCAAUCCGCCAAAGAAAUGAAUGAAAUCAAUGCAACUGCCAACCAACCAAAUGCCUCAGCCACAACCAACACCUCAACUCAUCAAGAUCAGAAUUUACCACUGCGUCCACUCAAUCCACAGGAUGUCAUGAAAGAAUGGGAGAAUAUUUGUUCUCAUAACAACCAUCACCACACUUAUUCGCAGCUUGGAGCUCAUUCUCCAACUCAUCUCAACAACCUUGAGUAUGAUUUACUAGAUCAAUUCUAA